AUGGAUACAGUCCUCUCCAACAUGCGUUUGGAAGAGCGCCAGAUGAGUAUGGACGCCUGGGUGAGAACAUGCUCCGCCAUCUUGACAGAGAAUGGGGUGUCCGGUGAGUUUGGAGUGGAUGCCAAAGCGAUGUACGUGGCCGAGCAGGCCUUCCUCGAGAGCCAGGCCAAGGAGCGGCUGCGAAGGGCAGAGCUUGCAGGGUCAAGGGUGAUGAAGCACUUUUGUCCUGGGGACUUAGCAAACAAGCACCAGCAGAGGAAGAACGAAGGAUUAGGAGCAGAGGUGUUGGAGGAGUGUGGGGUGGUGUUUCCCGAAGAGGAGUCUGCUUUCUGGAGUUCUGAAAAUCCCGCCGUGUCGUUUUCCCUUCCUCUUCCCCGGGUGGAUACUAAGCAAGGGAGGGAGUGGACUCGGGAUCUGGGGCGCUACUUUGUGAAGCAGCUUCGACGUGAAGCGGUGGAAAUCUCUGAACGCCACCUCACAAAGGAGGAGCUUGCCGGGUUUCAACGUGCGAAGGGAAAAGAGGUGAAAAACUUUGUGAUUGCAAAAGCUUUUCAGCAGUUGCCAAGAUUCAUGCUUAGUCAGCCUGAUUAUCUCAAUGCCGUGAAUGAGAUUCAUGUGUUGCCCUGGAGCGCGCCCGUGAGUAUGCUGCUCUCUCGCAUACACCAAGGAACGGUUCAAGAAAUCAUUGAGACCAACAAACUGCUUCAGAAAGCCAAGCUGAGCCAGCACCAGAAGCUGUACAUCCACAAACAGGAGGCUACCAAGCCUUUAUUGGCAGCGUGGGCAGAUGCUGCUGAUGCCAGUCGUCGUGAUGGGAGCUCCACCAAGGGAGUGUUCAUAGGAUGGACAACCGAGAACCUCGUGCAAGGAGACUUGAGUCGAAUCUCACCUAUAUUUUGGCAGUCGGCCAAGAUCCAGCGGGUGUGCCGAAGUAGUGGUGCAGCUGAGACACGAGCUGCCGUGGACACGGAGGACGAGUUGUUUGCCAUUCGGUUUCAAACGUAUGAAUUUCUUGGGGGUCAUGUGUCGUUAUGGGAUGUUGAUGGUGCUGUGAUGAACGUUUCUGGGUUUUGA